AUGAUAAAAAAAAACCCGUACUUCGAUUGUUCAGACUCCGAUGCCAGCGAUGACCUCCGAUAUACUAGCUUGAAAGACAUUCUUCUGAAUUCCCCGUCGUACAGCGGCGUAAAUGAUUUCAACGAAUUCAAUUCGUCAAAUAUUUCGAUCAGAAACGAGCUGGUGAAAAGAGCGGCCUCGGCCUACCUUCAAUCGGCCGCGAUUUUGGUCAGCCGGAAUGAAAGCGGUUUCGUCGGAUUCUGGGAGAGGCUUAGGAUCAAACUCGCCGCCCUCCGUUCCCGUUGGUGUGAUUGUUUUCACCGUAUUUUUGGCUUCUUUAGUUUUGCCUUAGACUAAGAACAUCAUUAGACCCCUUCCUCUAUUUUUUUUUUUCUUCUAAUUUUGUUUCGAAUUUUGUUUUCUCAUUUUAAUCCUUUUCCUCCUAAAGUA